UCGCGUUGCCUAGCAACCGAUGUGUCACUUCAUAAACACAGCACAGGAAUUGUUUUAUUCCUUUCAAAAGUUAUUAAACUAAAAGAUAUGGAGACGUGUGUGCGUGGAUUUUCUUUCAUGCCUGAUACGAAAAUCGGAAUUCUGGAUUUGCAGUACAUCGAGGGAGGCGAACUAGAAAGAACCUGGAAAUCGACACGUAGGCAGCGGCUCAAGGAACAAGAGCAAAAGAUUUGGGACGAGUUCAUAAAGGAGAGAGAUGUAGUUCACACUGUGUUUGAAGAUGACCCAUAUCAAUUCUUGGAACAACUUCCCGAAGGUUGUCUCAGAGAGUUGAUGGAGACUGAACUCGUGAAGAUGAAACAAGAGCAGGCUGAAGAAGAAGCGGAUCAGAUACAGCAGACCGCAGAAGCGCCGCAACACGAAGAACAUGUUCAGCAUACUGUUACUUUUGCAGACGAGCCUGAAAAAGAGGAAGUCGCGGACAUGUUCCACAUCUUCGACUCUGAGAAGGACGAUGAGAUAUCAGGUCCCGAAGAAGAGGUCCUCAACGAUUCCAUGGGUAGUCCAUGCACAGUGCGCGAGAAUCAAACCGGCACCUCUUCGCCCGUUGUACAGAAAACGACCAUAGUUGACAAGGAGGCCAAGAAAUCGUCUGAAAAUAUGGCGAAUUUGAUCGAAAGCAGCAUCUACUGCGCGAAAGUGAAGGACAUCAGGAUGAAAAUAAAUGAAGAAAUGAUGGCUAUCAUGUCGUGGUUGGAGCGCCAAGAUAUCCUCAUGGUGGAGCCGGAGGAAGUGGCGAAGAUGAUGAAGAGAUCCGGAGAGUUCUGCGGCCGCUUCAACAGGAUCUACAUGUACCAACUGCAGAGGCAGAUGCACGACGUGAAACGCAACAGCAACACAACGCUGCCCUUUGCAAAACACACGCAGUUCCAAUCGCAGAUGGUGAGGAUCGUGUCGCUGCAUCAGAACCUGCUGCAGGCUUAUCAGGCGUUCCAUCGUUCAGUAGAACAAACGUGGUGCCUCCGAGAAUGUGACGCUGCGCUUCAUGCAUUAUUACGCGCCACACGUGAGGUCUCUGUCGUGUGCAGAGCAGCACCAACACCUAAGGACUUUGCCGCUGCCAUCGAUCUAUACAAUGAUGAUGCUUUGCAACUGUGUGAAAAACUGGACCAAGUUGUGGACGAUUACAGUUCAAGAAUGGCGGACUUCGUGAAGAACAUAGAGAGUGGGAGUUCGACAACGAAGUCUAAGAAGUUUAAAAGCAAGGGAUCCUUUGGAUCGUGGUCGAAAUCUGGCACCAAAUCAAUAUCAGACGCCGAGGCUCGUCUGUCGAUGUAUUCGCUGGACACGAUUCGAAACAACUUCAAACCGAAGUCUACGAGCUCGAAGGACAAUCAAUCGAGUGGCACGUCGAAAAUGCGCGGAGCAUUGAGCACAGUUACCGACGACAGUAAGAAACCUCCGAAAAAGGUGUCGCCCAGGAAUCAGAAGAAGACCAGUGUGCGCGCCGGCAGCGCCCGACGCCGCGCAGCUCGGAGGGAGCCGCGCACGCUGGUGCAAGCGGUGCCGCAGUGCACAUCAAGCCAUAUCAGCUGCGAGGCCAGUCCGCGCGACACGCCGCGCGGCAGCGCCGAGCCUAGCCCUCGAGCUCACACCAAUAAUACUCCGCGAACCACCAGGAGCAAGGAUACACCUCGAAAAUCACAAACCACAACACCUCGGCUCAGACAAAGUUUUCAAAGUCCAAGGACGAAACCUCGCGGUAGUCCAAAACCGAAGCCUCUCAAAGCUGUCAUCGCCGACAUAACUUUCGACCCAGAAACAGCAACUGACAGUUCUAUAAACCAAAUGACACCAAUAUGGAAAAAUGAUGAUAAUAUUGGCAAACUUGGAAUUGGGAAUGACGUUGGCAAUGAAGGUUUUGAUGGGUUUGGCAAUGUUGACAAUGUUGGAAAGAUUAAAGUGCAUGUUACGGACACACCGCGUCACACGCCGAGGACGCCGAGAGAAAGAGAGAAUGAGAAGAGGAAGGUGGAAAGAGACGGGAAUGGGGUGUCGAACUCCACGGCUCCGGGCUAUGAGGUGACAAGACUGCUCAGACAACUAUGCAGUGGAGAUGGUGUUCCUGGAAGAAAUGAAAGAGUUACCGGCCCCAAGAACGCUCAGCUGCUCUGCAUCAAUGGAGGAAGUCCUCGGCAACCGAGCACUCCACAACUUUUACGGAUUCUAGAAGAAACAAUACAGAAGAAAGUACCAAAGCAGCUGUUCCAGAAUCAGUCUGAACUGAAUAAGGAUAAGUACCGACUGACGUUCAACAUACCAGAGACGACAACACAGAACCUGUUCCAAUACAGGACGAAGUUUGUACAGCAUAUGCUGACAAGCCCAAUGUACGCGAACAGCGCUGUCGGGAAACCGUGGGAGAUAAUUGGCAGCAUUUCAGAGAGAAUAAUCGACGAACUUCUACUGUCUGUGGCGAAAGAGAUGGAGAUAGGUAGAGUGACACAAGAGUUGUAUAGGGCGGAGACACGAUGAGUUUUAGAAAUGAUUUUCAUUGCGUAUAUUUUUCUAGUUGUUUGUUGUUUGUAAUAAAAAUUAAUUUGUUCAGUGAUA